AUGACCACCACCCCCUCAGAACAGCCUCGGCCAGCCCCUACAGCCAGCUCCCCCAUCUCCCUCCGCGAAAUCACUGCGCAAAACUUUCGCGCCGUCAUUGACCUGGACAUGCGCGACGGCCAGCGCGGCAACGUCUCGUCCAACGCGCGCUCCCUCUGCGAGGCGCACUACUCGCCCGACGCGUGGGUGCGCGCCGUCUACGCCGACGACGCCCCCGGCACGCCCGUCGGCUUUCUCAUGAUGUCCAUCUGGGACCCGGACGCGUGGUGCAGCAUCUGGCGCUUCAUGAUUGACAGCCGCUACCAAGGUUUAGGGUUUGGUGCGCGGGCGGUGCGCUUGGCGGUCGAGCACGUGCGGGAGAAUCAUCCGGGGACACAGAUGCUAAGGCUGCUGUCGGCGAGUCCGGAAGGAAAGGCGGCGCGGGGUGGGAAGCCGCCGGUGGAGGCUCGGUAUUCGCCGUAUCGGUUUUACUAUAAGCUUGGGUUUCGAGAUGUUGAGCCGAUGGAUGAAUAUGGCGAGAUUGAGAUGGGACUGGACUUGCAGAAACAAUGA